CGAUUCGAAAGCGCCAGGUUUGAUGGAAGCACGUGACAAUAGUUUUGAUCUUGACACGAUACACAAAUCAAAACCCAAACCGCUGCUCAGACAGCACUCACAAUCUCAACCUCAGCCUCAAUCUCAAUCUCAGUCGCAACCACAUCACUUUACACACUCAUACCCGGCAAGGCAACGCAGCGGUCAGUGGCUGUCAUCCCCGUCGUUUUCUCAGUCGCAAACCUCGUUCAGUCAUCAACGGCCACGCGAACACUUUCCGUUGCGACACCAGCCACUGUCCUAUCCACAGGAACGCCCACACAGCCAAAGCCAUCAUUUACACUCGUAUACUUCCAGUUGCACAUACCCCGCCAACUCCGACUCCAAGUCCUUAGCACCUGUGCGCUCCCAACACUAUCCUCGUGAUGCGUUCCAAAGCACCUCAUUUUCCAAUCCGGUGUGCAACAGCGACGCCUAUAGAGACAGAAUCAGACCCAAAAACUCAGCCAUAAGCAGCGGCUCCACCUCGAAUACAGCGGACUUCGAUUGGUCAUCGUCAUCCUUCUCGAAUAUCGAUGCAGUCACACACGCAAUACGUAAUAAGAUUAUCGUUGAGGAGGACGAGGAGGAUAUACUAAGCACGGAUAGGUUUUAUUGAAGAGAUUUCAGCGACACGACACACAAGGCACAAAACGCUUUCAUAUUAUCGUAUUGCGACAGCCAAGAUUAUGCAAAGAUAUUUUCAGAGCGACAUUGCACAAUAUGUUUAAAAAAUGAUCCAAAUACAUAGGCUUUACCCAAAACCGGGGGUCAGCAUUCAACUGAAAGCUUCACAUAACAAGAGACAAACCGAAUACAAGAGUACUACAAGU